AUGCGGAGGCCCUUGGGCAUCAGCUUGCCCUGGCCCCCCGGUGGGAUAGCUGGAGUUUCCACAGAUCAUUUCCAGUUCAGGGACCAAUGGGACUUCUCUUUUGACCUGACCUCCAUCUCCAGCAGCUCUGAUGUGAGGCUGGCAGAACUCCAGGUUCGCCUGAUGUCCUUCUCCCAGUCGAGGAAUGUCACUAUGAACAUCUACCACAGCCACGACCGCACGUGUCAUGGGAACCAGACCUGCACAGACAAGUUCUUCCUCGGCUCUUUUGUUAGCACCAACUCUUCCUCAAGCCAUUCCUCCUGGAAAGUCUUCAACAUCACCCGCAUGCUCCGCUUCUGGCUCCACCAGGGGGUGUCAUUUGGCAAGGAUGCUCCAGAUGAUCAGCAGCAGGUCUGGGAAGAGGAAAACCUAUCUGAAGAUAAUGGUGGGACAGCAGUCAGUGGGUUCCAGAACAAAUGUGGGCACAAUGAAUCCAGACAGGCCCACGUCUUGACCAGUAGCAUGACUGAUAGAGUCCUACUGGUUGUCUUUUCCAAAGAUAAGGAACUGGUGGAGCCCUCUCAGGGCCCAAGUCUCAUCAGGACAGUGGAAAUGUCCAAGCACAUCAUGUUGGACAACACAUCCAAGGAGGCUGGGGCCCAUCGGCACCGGCGGAACAGGAAGCAAAAGCAACGGAUUAAAUUGAGUAACAUAUUCACCCCCAGCUUUGGGAAAGAUGGUAGAUCUCUAUGCAGGAGGGUAGAUAUGAUUGUGGAUUUUGAGCAGACUGGUUUUGGAAGUUGGAUUGUGCACCCCAAGAAGUACAAUGCAUACCGCUGUGAGGGGGAGUGCCCAUCACCUGUCAAUGAGACCUUCAAGCCAACAAAUCAUGCAUAUAUUCAGAGCUUGUUGAAGUUAUACCAACCCAACCGGGUGCCUUGCCCAUCUUGUGCCCCAGUCAAAAUGAGCCCGCUGUCCAUGCUAUACUAUGAGAAAGGAAAAGUGAAGGUCUGUCACCAUGAGGACAUGAUCAUUGAGGAAUGCGGCUGCAACUGA